GGCGAUGGCGGAGCUGUACGUGAAGCCGGUCUCGUUUGACACAUCCACCUCUGCAGGCAACAAGGAGCGCGGCUGGAACGACCCGCCACAGUUUUCAUAUGGGCUGCAGACCCAGGCUGGUGGGCCCAAGCGCACACCGCUCACCAAGAGGGUCGCCGCUCCCCAGGAUGGAUCUCCCAGAGUCCCUACCUCAGAGACUUUUCCUGGCCCCCCGCCAACGGGGCCUCCACCUCCUUCAAGUAAGGUUCCCAGGCCCCAACCUGUGGGGAGUUGUCCUGCCUCUGGUGUGGAGUCCACAAGUUUCCCAGUUGAGUCUGAGGCUCUGAUGGAGGAUGUGCUGAGACCUUUGGAACAGGCAUUGGAGGAUUGCCGUGGCCACACAAGGAAGCAGGUAUGUGAUGACAUCAACCGACGCCUGGCACUGCUGCAGCAACAGUGGGCUGGAGGGAAGUUGUCAAUGUCUGUAAAGAAGAGGAUGGCUCUACUGGUGGAAGAGCUUUCAAGCCACCAGUGGGAUGCAGCAGAUGACAUCCACCGCUCACUCAUGGUGGACCAUGUGACUGAGGUCAGUCAGUGGAUGGUAGGAGUUAAAAGGUUGAUUGCUGAAAAGAGGACUCUGUCUUCAGAGGAGGCCAGUGAAGAGAAAUCUGCAGCCACAGCUGAGGAGAACCAGACCAUACCAGGCUUCCAGCAGGCUCCAUAAUACUGUGGUUCCUCAGACUCACCUGAAACCAUCUCCUACCCCUUGGUGUGGGAGAUCUUCUUCCCCUCUUAACUACCAGGGAGGUUGUCUGUCCCAUUUGGCCUGACUUACCUCUGUGGGAAAAGGUCCGCUUGGGCCACAGGGAGGUCACUUGUUAACCAUAACACACGCAGUUCAAUAAAAACAUCUCAGUGGUGGGCUUUGGGUAGGUAGGAGAUGAGCCCUUCCUGUGCCGAACUAGUUAGUCCCCUCUGGUGUCCCUGACUUCCUUGCUCUCUAUGUACCUUACAAACCUUUGUUUUCUCCAUUUA